AACACCCGGAGGGCCGAAGUUGGCCUAUGCAGAGCCGAAACUACAAUUCCCAGGCUUCCAAUUACUUCCAGUUACCUCCUUCUAAGGAAAGUCUGUCUUCGGGAAUUGGCUGCCUCAAAGCGACCUCGAAACACAGCCAGGGUCAAGUUAUAAAAGGGAACGAACUUUAACCUCCAGCGGGACAGAAGCGAAACAAAAGCAGGGUGCGGAAGAUGUGUGCCGCGCUAGCCAAGCUUUCAUUCUGAGGAUACCUGCAUGUAGAAAGCAUGGAGACCUCCACAAAGCCACUCCUCUAUACUUACUUUAGAAGCUCCUGCACCUGGAGAGUGCGAAUUGCACUGGCUCUGAAAGGCAUUGCCUAUGACCCAUCCCCUGUGAAUCUUGUGAAGGAUGGAGGGCAGCAGCUUUCUCCAGAAUUUCAAGCAGUGAAUCCAAUGAAGCAAGUCCCUGCUCUCAGAAUUGAUGGCAUCACUCUAUCACAGUCGCUAGCCAUAAUAGAGUAUCUGGAGGAGACAAGACCAAAUCCUAGGAUUCUGCCUCAGGAUCCUAAGAAGAGAGCUCAGGUCCGGAUGAUUUCAGAGCACAUUACGUCUGGAAUUCAACCCUUGCAGAACCUGAGUGUCCUUCAGCAAAUGGGAGACAAGAAGCUAGACUGGGCACAGCGCUGCAUUUCCAGUGGCUUUGAAGCUUUGGAGCGGAUUCUGCAAGAAACAGCUGGACGCUACUGUGUUGGGAAUGAGGUGACCAUGGCUGAUUUGUGCUUGGUCCCCCAAGUGUACAAUGCUGACAGAUAUCAAGUGGAUCUUACACCCUACCACACAAUAAGACGAAUCAACAAAGCUCUUCUGGAGUUAGAAGCAUUCCAGACAAGCCACCCAUCUCGGCAGCCAGAUACCCCGUCAGACCUAAAAGCCUGAAGUUGCUAGUUUUUAUUAUAGUUUGAAUACACUCACCCUGCAGAAUAUUUUAGGAAAGCUUUAUUAAAAUCUUUUAAAGAAGCAAGAUGAUUUGGGGGGGGGGGGAGAUGCAAGGAAAAAAUGACCUUGAUUAUGUUUGAAAUUUUUAAAUGCCAUUAUGAAAAAAAAAUUAAAAAGUUUUGAAUAUGCUGUGCAGUUGAUGGCAAAUUGUGCCUUUGAACAGAUAGCCUUUCAUGCUGCAUGCCAAUAUACUGUGCAGAUAUGCAAUUUUUCACCCUUUAACCAAUUUUCUAUGGACCAGUAAGUGAUAUUUUGCCUAAUUCACAUUUAUUCUGACAGAGAUUCUCUUGAAUCAUCUUGUUGUAAAAUGUUUACCAGGGAACCAGCUCAAUGCCCCAUUAACAUGAACGUAUUAAUGUGUGUUUGUGUGAGAGAGACAUCUUCAGCAUCAUGAACUGAAACCAUAAGAGAUGUUUUUCCCUUGAAGGGCCAAACUUCAGAGGGUUGAAUGUUUAGUCUCAUUCUUAAAACAGGGGGUAUGGAAAAUAUUUAUGAGAGAGGAGUGUUGAAGAAGAAUGAAACUUAUUCUCCAUCGCACUCACAUCAGUUCAUCCCAUAGCUGGACUCUUCUCCUAUUUUGCAGCUUAAUUACAAGAAAGCCUAAACCCAUCAGAUAUUGCACCUUUAAAGUAAAGAACAGGUGGACUUAAAUUAUAAUUAUGUAUGACAUUAAAAUUCUAUAGUGAUCUCAAAGGAACUAGCCUUUAAAAAGCUGGCAUGUGAAUUAUUUUACAUUUGCCCUCUCCCAUUUGCCUCUGUUUCAGCUUGUUUUUCAUUGCUUUGCAUAGUCAGUGUUGCUGCCUACCACCGUUCAAGCUGCCUAUUAUUUUUAUUAACUGUAUUUUAUCCUGCUUUUCCCCCAAUAUAGAGACACAAUGCCUAUACCUUUUUUACUCUAUUUGUAUAGCAAAAAAGAAACGGCAGCAAUUAUAAAUCUUUCAAAAAUUAACAA